AUGGCGCGCUCCCACCGCGCAAAAGAGCCUCUGGUCGGGCAAAAACGGCCAGGUUAUGGAAGCGGGCUAGAUCCCGUGACGAAAGGUCGGAGAGCGACCGGAGUGAGGAGGAGGAGUAUGAGGAACUAGACUAUGCUUCUGAUGAAGAAGCCGGCUCGGAGGAGGGAGCUCCCCCUGCCGUAGCACCCCGUACUGGGGGCGCUUUCCCUGCCGGGGGUGUUGCUGCCCAGGGGGCGAGUGGCGACGCGGGGAUUCUGGAUCCGCAGGGUAACCCCCUGUUUGAUCCGGAUGACUUGCGCCAUCCUCGUUCCGCUGAGUGGGAACCCCCUGAGCAUAUUGCCCGUUAUAUCGCACUUCGGAUGCGUACGCCACUCUCUAGGGAGAGUCGCAGUAAGCUUCGGGCAGAAUGUCCUAGACCUUCGGUCCCAGGAUCGGCGUGUAAGACGCCAGAGGUCGAUCCUCAGAUUGCCCAGUUCCUCAACAAAUCAGGCUGGAAACAAAAGAAGGGCCUUGAUUUUUCCUUGAGACAUUGUCAGGACAAGAUUAUGGACACCAUUGGCCCUCUGUCUAAGGCCUAUGAAGUUUUGGAAGCCGCCAAGGCAGGAGACGCGGAGCUGGAUCUUGAUGUAGCGAUCGGCUGGGUGCAACGUGCCAUUUGCCUACUAGGCAAUGCUAAUAUGGCCGUCUCCGCUGAGCGCAGGAAGGCAAUCCUGCUUAAGAUUGAUCCUAAACUGGCUACCAUGGCCGUCUCCGAACCUGGUCCCUCGGCUGAGGGGAUGCUCUUUGGAGAUAAUUUCGUAAGAGACCUGGGGUCUUACGUUAAAACCUUCACAGCCAUUGAUAAGGCCCAGGCUAAUAUGAAGAGGGUGUUUUCCCCUAGAGUUUUUGGAGGGGCCGGGCGCAACAGGAGCCGUCCACCCGGCCGCGGAUUCCGGGGUUCGUAUCGAGCCCAGCGAGGCUCCUUUUUCCCUUCCAGAAGCUUCCAAGAGCCCAGACCGGCUCCGUUCUUCCCAUCUAGAGGGAGGUCCUGGAAUCCCCGCUACCCGAGAGGUGCCUCAUCAGGCAGACGCCCUUAUGGUGAGUACACCUUUUGUCCAUCAUACACGAGAGCGGGUGGCGGGCAGAUUGGCCCAGUUUUACGGGGCAUGGGUGGCCCUGA